CAUCUUGAAUACAGUAAGCUAACGUUGAUUGACGGUAACGUCGGGGAAAUCGCGACACAUUGAGUUCAGACCGCCCUGCGAAGUCAAUCGACUGCGAAAACCCGGGCAAUACAGACCGAAGGAUUACAUUUAGUGUUGUUAUCGAUCAAAUCCGUCUAAUUUUUGGCGUCAUAUUCCAGACUGGGCUGAUGAAGUUAUUUCGAAGGCUGCGCGUGCUAAGCUUUAUACAGCCGUCGACAUUUCUUAGUUCGAUAAGACUGGCCGUUUUAACUACUCACCAUAGCUUUUCUUGAGACGCUUUCUGAGGUUGUUAAUUGCAGGUUCGAGUUAUUAAAACCCGACGGGAAUGUGGAUAUUAGCAUGUUUGGACAUAUUUAAGUCCUUCGCUGUCAACUUGAGCUCGCGCGGGGCGCGUGCGUGCCUUUAAUCGUGCGCGUGACCCUGUUUAUUUCACUUUAUUUAUGAUCUGUUACGCUACAUAUAUACCACGAUUUGCGUAUAGAAUAAAUCAAGUAAGAGAGAUGUGAAAACAGUCUCUGGGGGUGUUAAUUUAAUUGCUAUCCCCAUAAAUGCACAUGCAUUUCAUAUAUUGCCUUUCAGAGGCAUUACUUUGAAAUAUUAGUUCCUUUGCAUCACUAAGUAUAGAUAAAUGCAUAUUGUAUGGCGGGUUCUAUGCAUAGGUUGUCCAGUUGUUCUGAUCAUUGGGGAUGGGAGCUGGCCCAUUUGCUGAAAGAGCUUAUUGAACGGACUCGUUCAUUCUGAGCGCGCGACAGGUCAACAUUUUUAUAGAGACAGUAUUCUUAUUGAUUGAAAUUGAAUCACGCUAUUGAUAUGGGGUUUAAGAUCAACUGCGUGGACAGUCGUAGAUCAUCGUAUUUCUAAUAGCUCCUCUCCUUUGAAUGAACUAUCACCAGUGGACAUUUUGCUAUCUCUUAAUCACUGAACCCGAGGACUACAAACUGGCAUUGGAUUUGUGCAUUGGCAUAUAUCACUGAAUCUGUGACAUGGAUGUGUUUCACUGACUGCUGAUCAGUAGUGUUUUUUAAGGAAACUUGAAUGCAAAGACGCUUGGAUUUUGUGGGAAAGGACAGUAGAUUGAAAACAUGGGACCUGCAACAAAGCUGGCGUUUGGAGUGUUCCUCAUCUCUUGCUCCUCAGGUGCCAUCCUUGGCCGCUCAGAGACACAAAAGUGUGUUUUCUUCAAUUAUAACCCCAGUUUGGAGAACCGAGGAAACCACAGUGGGAUUGAGUCUUGCGUGGGAGACAAGGACAAGAGACUUCAUUGCUAUUCAACUUGGCGAAAUGUGUCAGGAUCGAUUGAAAUCGUAAGGCAAGGCUGCUGGCUGGAUGACGUUAACUGCUAUGACAGUACAGAGUGCGUGGAGAAGAAGGAGGACCCUGAUGUGUUUUUCUGCUGCUGUGAAGGCAACAUGUGCAACGAGAAGUUCUUCUACAACCCAUAUACACAGCUAGUUCAGAGUAAGGCUUCCUUCAGCGACACAAACAGCAAAGUCUUUAAGGCGACGUCUAACCCUAUUACCCAGAACCCACCUCUGUUCAGCACUCUCCUUUACUCGAUCGUGCCCAUCAUGGGCAUUGCUGCCAUUGUCCUUCUCUCCUUCUGGAUGUAUCGCCAUCACAAGCUUGCAUAUCCUCCUGUUCUGGUUCCCACCCAGGACCCUGGACCCAUGCCACCAUCUCCCACCUUGGUCCAGAAGCCACUGCAGUUGUUGGAAAUCAAAGCUAGGGGGCGCUUUGGCUGUGUGUGGAAAGCUCAGCUGCUAAAUGACUAUGUGGCAGUGAAGAUCUUCCCCAUUCAGGACAAGCUGUCUUGGCAGAACGAAUAUGACAUCUACAAUCUCCCCGGCAUGAGGCAUGAGAAUGUUCUGCACUUCAUCGGAGCCGAGAAAAGAGGAAGCAACUUGGACAUUGAGCUGUGGCUCAUCACGGCUUACCAUGAAAAGGGCUCCCUGACGGACUACCUGAAGGCAAAUGUAGUGACGUGGAACGAGCUGUGUCUCAUUGCUCAGACCAUGGCUCGAGGCCUGGCUUUCCUGCAUGCCGACAUCCCAGGACUCAGAGACGGCCAAAAAACAGCAAUCGCACACAGGGAUAUUAAGAGCAAGAACGUGCUGCUGAAGGCAAACCUGACAGCCUGUAUAGCUGACUUUGGUCUGGCUCUGAGGUUUGAGGCAGGGAAGUCAGCUGGGGACACACAUGGGCAGGUGGGAACCAGGCGUUACAUGGCCCCGGAGGUGUUGGAGGGGGCCAUCAACUUCCAGCGGGACGCUUUCCUCAGGAUAGACAUGUAUGCAGUGGGGCUGGUGCUGUGGGAACUGGCAUCUCGCUGCACUGCAUCUGAUGGUCCAGUUGAUGAGUACAUGCUGCCGUUUGAGGAGGAGGUGGGGCAGCAUCCCACGCUGGAGGACAUGCAGGAGGUGGUGGUCCAUAAAAAGCUUCGGCCCACUCUCAGGGAGUGUUGGCAGAAACAUCUGGGCCUGGCCAUGCUGUGUGAGACUAUAGAGGAGUGUUGGGACCACGAGGCCGAGGCGCGUCUCUCUGCGGGCUGUGUUGAGGAACGUGUGGUCCAAAUGCAGCGGCAGACCAGCAUCUCUGCCCCAGAGGAAAUAGUCACUGUUGUAACCAUGGUGACCAACGUAGACUAUCCCCCUAAGGAGUCCAGUCUAUGACUAGACGAUAUCGGUGUGUGAAUUGCAGGCUGACUGUACAGAAAAGACAUGUCUGGGAUGGUGGACUGCUGUUCUGAGCAGCUUCAUACAUUUUGAUGUCCUGCUCUCACGGCUGGAACAAUGCCGACAAUGAAUUCUGCGCCUAAUCUGGUUUUAAUACAGAUUUACCUGGAGCCAGCUGUUAAUGUAUGUGUAUAUAUAAAACUAUCACAACAAGGUGCCCUGGUAAGGACAGAGGAAUUGUAAUCCACAACGAGGACCCCUGAAUGAAAAAUUAACCUCUUCAUUGGCGUUUCCCUGUUCAAGGAGAAAAUCAGACUCUCACAGAGCUCGUGUCAUUUCACUAUAAAAAAGGGCAACGUCCAUGUACAAAAGACACAUUUAAUGUGUUUGUAUGAAUGACUAUUAUAAUGCCAAUAAGAAACAGCUUCAUGAAUGUGUAGUGUGACGCUGCUGUACAGAUAUCAACAGAAAGGGUGACGAAAAAGCCCACAUCAACACGUGUUUCCUCUGAAAGCUUCUCAGAGUUUGUCAGAUAACCACCAACCUCUCGACAAGGUAUACCUCAGUUUCUCAUCCUAAUAAUUAGUUUGUUUUGUAACACUAAAUAAUAUAAAAGAGGCUUUUCGAAGACCUCCGUUUGGCACAGAAGCUUUUUAAAUACGGGGGAAACUUUUUUAUAUGACAGAUUAUGCCAAGAAACGAUGGCCAUUCAUAAACCAGUGUUCUGCCUUCUUUCUUUUAGUUGAUGUUCUCUGUGUUGCCCUGCUGUUUCAAAUGUGAUAUUUAGUUUUUUCAGCAUUGUGACCGUUUGUUUGUUGAAUCAACAUUUUUACCUUUAUCGAGACCUGUUGAGAAGAAAAAAAUCCCUGAAAAUAUGAAUUUUGUGAAAAUAAUACAGAAGCACUUACCAAUAUAGGUUUGCGGUGUACUCACAACAUUGACAUAUGUGCAUGCCUUGAGUUUUCUUUUCGUUUUUCAUUUAUUUUCCGUUUCAUUUUUUUAUUUUGUUCUUCAACUUGUUCAUGAAAUCUCAUUAGCAGUCAUGUAAACCCCUUUUAUUCUUUAUGCAUUAAGCUAAAAUAUUCCCUGUCUUCAUGGUGUAGCUUUUUUGGUUUGUUUGAUUUCCAUUUCAUUUGUCUAAUCCUGGUCUUCUGUGAUCACUGUCCGCUUUGUUAUGCUGUGAGUAGAAGAUACCCUCAAGCGCUACACUAGAACCAGCCACCUCAUGAAGCAUGACCUCGUGAGUGGCAUAGUAAAACUGGUUUUAGAUCAGCAGCCAGACAUCCUUCUACACACAUCGACAAGAACUGUAUCUCAGUAUGUCUCAGGAAACGUUUUCCUUUGCUUUGAGCCCUCUGGUGCCAUUCUGGUGACCCUUGUUGUAUUAUGUAUGCAAGGGCCCUUAACAAAACACCAUAGUGUGGUCAUAUUAUGUGCAAUAACAUCAUAAGCAGGGACUGUUUCACAGCUGAAAAGCCACUUCCAAUGUGGUAAAAUACAAGCGCCUAGCAAAUCGCUUAAAGACCGUAAACUUACAAAGUGAACUAAUGUCAACUUCAGGCUUAUGACACUGCUAUGCAUAUAUUAUGAUGCCCAGUUGUCUGAGAGAUUUAAACUAAUAAUAUGCUGUUUUUGGGACCGAAUACAUGCAGCAACUCUCUGCCAACGGAUCAGUGAGUCUUUCUAAUUAACAGCUUCUUUGCUGCUGCUCUUCAACACAAAUCAGUGGCUCAUUUAGGUCAGUUUUGCUUUCAUGAUACUGCAUGUGAUGAUUCAUUUGACAACGUUAAGUUCUAUUCAACCAUAUGCAAUCAACCCCUUUCAAUAAAUCUCUCUCUCUCUCUCUACUGUAGCACUCCAAAUCAGCCCGUAAUGUUUGUAUUUAAUCUGAUUGUUGCCCUGGUGCAAAGGCUAUCAGGAUGGUGCAGUAAUAUAAGGGCAGAACGAGAGAGUUCACCUCGUCUCCAAGCCCACAUGGUGACAAUGGUCCUGUUCCAAAUGGCGCACUUGAUGUGAACUUGCAGACUUACAAUGGCCAACACAUGUGCGUGUCCGUAAACGAAACCGCAGGGUGCCCCAUUUGUCAUUUUAGGCUUCAGAACGGUGCUCGCCAGUGCCCCUUUGUAGCCGCUACGUUCCCUCGAUGCACCCUUUUGCCGAACCCACACUGAUUCUACAAGACCCCACAGUUUAAUGCUUGGGUAUACUUUGUUUUUCCUUGUGCCAUUACUUCUUGUGCACAGUCCAGUGCUCUAGCCUUUCAAUGGAGACUCUUUUGACCAUGUCCGACGUGUCCUUUGUGAUACUCAAAUAUGCAUACUUUCCCACUCUAUAUUAUGCCAAAAGCAGUAUAUCAAUUGAGUAGUAUAUCCAAAUCCUCAGUAUUCAUUAAUAUAAUACCCAGAGGACCUACUACAUCCAAUGAGAUCUGAAGUGUGCAUCCACUGGACACUACUAUCCCAUAAUCCCUCUGGAGCUGAAUGGACAUCAGAUUCAAAAUGCUGAAUAAAAACAAAAAAAAAACAAAUCUUUUUUUUUUUUUUACUGUGAAUGCUAUACAUACCAGGAAAGUUGUUCCUUAAAGGAACAUUCUGGGUUCAAGUUAAGCUCAAUCAGCAUUUGUGGCACAAUUUUGAUUACCACAAAAAAUUAUUUCAUCCCCCUUUUCUUUAAAAAAGCAAAAAUCCAGGUUACAAUGAGGCACUUACAAUGGAAGUGAACGUGGCCAAAUUUUGGAGGGUUUAAAGACAGAAAUGUGAAGCAUAUAAUUUUAUAAAAGCACUUUUGUUAAAAUUCAUGUAUUAUUUGAGCUGUAAAGUUGUUUAAUUCAUGAUUUUUACAGUUGUUUUAGAGUUUGUUGACAUUACAUAGUCAUGGCAAUAAAGUUGUAAAAUUGGCUAUAACUUUAAAGGUUAGUAAGUAAUUUUAUCAGACUAGAAUCAUAUAAACACGCAUAUUGUUUAUGUCUUGUGGCUAUACUUUUGAAACUUUUGAAUAUUUUAACCUUUACAAAUUGGCCCCAUUUACUUCCAUUGUAAGUGCCUCACUGUAACCCAGAUUUUUGCUUUUUUUUUUUGUUUUUUUUUUUAAAGAAAAGGAGGAACGAAUCUAAAUGAAUUUUUGUGGUAAUCACCAUUAAGCCAGAAAUGCUGUCGAUUGAUCUUAAAUUGUAUUGAACCUGGAAUAUUCCUUUACAGUUAAACUGUACUUAUUUAACAAAUCCAGAGUAAAUUCUUUUCACUACAUCAUAUAUUCGGGUCACGGGACAAUGCCCAUGUUCAAUGUCCGGGAAUGUAUUUUACUCACUACUCAUACGAAUAUCUAAAGAACAUACUUUAUUAACGGACGAGAUGUACAUUCUUCAUAAAAUGCAGUACGUACUCUGACGUGAAUUCGGCCGCAGCCACUCUUUGGUACCGUCAAUUCUAGGUGCAUGUGCAGACAAUGCGCACAGACCCACUCAGACACCUUGUCUAGAAUAACUGGGCUGCACGUAAACAGUCUGCACAUACUGUGCUAAUAACGCAAUUUGUGUCAUGCGUACUGUGCGCAAGACAUAGCGGCAUGUAUAAAACCGAAGUAUACUUGCCCUUCAGGCGGCAUUGUGUCACCAAAGUGUGGACACAGACAAGGACCGCGAGUGCUUAGGGUGGCAUUUGGGACAGAGUCUUUGACUCUGCGGAUGCAGAACUGAACUCUUCAUUAAAAAAAAAUAACCCAUAGAUACUUUGUUUCGGUCGCUCGGUUAGGAGACUGAGCCAAAGUUCUGUUUUAUUUGCAUACAGGGUUAGGACAAGUGACUAGUCACAUUUGCUCUUUAACAUCCUGGUCUGAGAGCCUCUCUUCAUAGUUCUGUUUAGGGAGGUUCUUGUGUCAGUUAUUGUGAUUCACUUUUGACUGUAAACACGGUAAUGAAGAUUAACAAAACAUGAGUGAUCGCUGCGGGGCUGUAAAGUGUUUUCACCAGGCACUGUUUUGUUCCCCCGUCUGUUCUCAAAGUCUGGUUUUCUCACAAGUUUAGUGAAUCUGGUCUAAAGGAAGUUGAAUAAGAACACACCCAUCAGACGAAAAGCCAAACCUAUAAGCCCCACAUUUAGUCAAUAAUAAUUCACCGUAUGUACAUAUGAAUGUUGUUUUAGAUUGUGAAAAGAGCAUGAGUUUUGUUUAUUAUUAUUACAGUCUCAAAGUAAAAAAAAAAAAAAAAAAACUUUAUUGAUAUUAUUAUUAUUAUUAUUAUUAUUAAACAAAUAUUUUAAUGUUUAUUUUGUACAUCUAUAUUUUAGUUGUUUUUUUUAUUAUUAUUAUUAUUUAUGUCAUGGCCCAACUGUCAUUUCUCUUUUCUGGAUAAAUGAGAAGCUUUCUCUAUUUAUAAAACUGGUCUGACAAAACACACAAAAAAAUAAAUAAACAAAAAAAAAUCAAUCCUUUACCUCAAGACUUUCACACACAGUGUUCAUAAGAUUGAACAAACAGUGUAGCACGACAGACAACAUGGUGCAACGUUGCAAGUAUUUCUCCUGGGAUGUGACCAGCAGCUUCUCUCUUUCUCUCUUUUGUCUUUUCUCUCAGACACAAUUUUAGGUCUUCAGUGAACUAUACCAUUAAGUGAAUGUCUCCACUUUACCAAAACUCUCCAUUUUGGGUGCGAGCAGCUGUAUUACCAUUGUGCUGGACAUGCCAUUUUUGUCCACUCUCUCGAGUAUUUAACGCAUUCAGGGCCUGAUCAGAUGUAAUUGUUACAUAAUGUACAGAUGAAAUUUUAUGCUACUACUCCCCUCAAAUAAAGUAUAGUGACUGCUCUCAAA